ACACGUGGGUCUGGGUAGCCGGAGGCUAUCACAUGAUACAGGGAAAUGAGUGCGCCAAUGCGAGAACAGACACAGACAUCUCCGCUUCCGUGACGGGGGAGAAGUUUGCCCCCAACUUUUGGGAAGAAAAGUUUGUUUGCGGCGCGGAGGGAGAGUGGGGGAGGCGAGUGAGCUACGAUGGACGAGGUCUGGCAGUAUCAGUUCCGCAUUAUACUGCUGGGCGACUCCACCGUGGGCAAGUCCUCGCUGCUCAAGCGCUUCACCGGCGGCACCUUCAGCGCGGUGCAGGAUCCCACGGUGGGGGUGGACUUCUACGCCCGCCUGCUGGAAGUGGAGCCUGGUUGUCGGAUCAAACUUCAGCUGUGGGACACGGCGGGCCAGGAGCGCUUCAGGUCGAUCACCCGUUCCUACUUCCGCAACUCGGUGGGGGGUCUGCUGCUGUUCGACGUGACCAACCGGCACUCGUUUGAGAACGUCCGGGAGUGGCUGAAGGAGGUGGACGCGCACGUGUUCCCCAACAAGACCAUCUUCGUGCUGGUGGGCCACAAGAGCGACCUGGUGGAGGAGCGGCAGGUGCCGCGCGAUGAGGCCGAAGCCCUGGCCGCUGCCCUGGGACUGAACUACCUGGAGACCUCGGCCAAGGACAACAGCAACGUGGAGGAGGCCUUCACCAAGCUGACCGCCUGCAUCUACCAGUCGAUGAAGGAUGGCGAGAUCGCGCUGGAGGACGGCUGGGACGGAGUCAAACGCGGAUUCAACCCGACCGCCAUGGACCGGGCCAAGGACGAAAAGCACAGUGACUGCAGCUGCUGACUUGAACGGCGGAGUAGACCUGAUGGGCCGAAUGGCCUAAUUCUGCUCCGAUAACGUAUAAACAUGUACUUUCAGACUAAACCUUCUGUGGGGUUCAGGGUCGAACCUGAACAUCACUUAUUCGAGUCCUCCACAGAUGCUGUCUGACCUGCUGGGUUACUCCAGCACUUUUUGUCCUUCAAUAUAAAUCAGUCACUAGUAA